ACUAAACUCUCUGGGCAGUAUGAAUGUUGCACUAGUUGUUAUCUAAGCUGUCAAUUCUAUCUUUUAACACCUUACUCAGUCGAAUGUUGGCAUCUCUGUCGAUCAUCGGAUCAUGCUUUCACGACCAAAAAAUUAAUGGCUAUCUUUUGCGAACUGUCUAGGCAAUAGUAAGCCAACUAUUAACUUACAUAUAGCUUUAUUUGAUAUGGACCAACCACCUAUCCGAAUAUUGAGACGACCAUGUCCAGUUCCAUCUGACGUUCCUAAUACACCACAGAGGCCACCGAUAGUCACAAAAACACUUGAACAAAGGGAAGCAGACUAUGCUGCUGCUCGGAAAAGGAUCAUGGGGUCUGCCACUCCGGAGUCAUCUAAAGUAGAGACUAAAGAGUUAAUAGAGUCUAAUCCAGUGAAAAUGACAGACGAUACCAACAGUGUUAUUACAAAACAGGAUAAAUCAAUUGCAUCCACCAUUCCCACGACUCAGAACAUGGAGGUUAGUGUUCAAAGUAACUCUUCGGAAAUGACAGCCAGUCACUUGUUCACUAACCACAGCGGCGUUCAACUUUCCAUGUCCCAGAGUAGCAAACAGACUCUGGAUAUCGGUGUCGGUCGAAAGCCUCAACAACAUUCACAUUCUACACCAAACGGCAUUCGGCAGAAUUUACAACAGCGCAGUGCAACAGUGACUGCCAAUAGAUUAUCUUAUAUUCCUCCCCAUCCUCCUCUUUUUUCUUUUCAAACUGGGUACAAUAAUGUUGGUCUUCUUCCUACUCCGCCUGGCUUUCAAUGUUCACUUCCAACUGAGACGAAUAGUAGUCUGCAGCAAACGACUGCCUUUGCUUUGAUGCACCAAUUUAGUUUACUACAACAACAAUAUCAACAUACUUUAACUGGCAUUCAAAAACAGUUGGUUUCUUCUGGAUCGCACUCGUCCAACAGUUUUAAUCCUUUGAACUUUUCAUCGUUUUCCCAGUCUAACAUCAACCAGAAGUAAGUUUCAUCAACUUUUUUAUCUUUUACACAAAAACUAACAUCGUUAGUUGACUUCUGUGAUUGGUUGUAAGUUGCACUUAUCAGCUACCUGCCGUCAAACAAGUUUAUUUUUUUCACAAAACAGUUAAGUUGUUACUAUAGUCUCUGAGAAUUGAGUAUUCUAUGUCCAUACCAUAUGGUGCAAAAUCUUAUUCUAUGAAACCUAAUAUGCGAGAAACACCUUUCUUUUUACAUAUUUACGUGCUCUUAAAUUCAUGAUUUCAACACAUGUUUGUUAACAUUUUAUUUUCAGAUAUACCCACCCUUCAACUUUCAAUUGAUUUAAAUUUGCAACAGUCAGCGUGUGAAUGCGUACUUUUUUCCAUUUCGUAGAUAUACGACCUAAUGUAAUAACUUUAACCACUCUCUGCUUUUGAUAAUUUUGUGGUCUGGUGCCAUACUCAGCUUGUGCUGUGACAUUUUGUCAACAUACAUAUUCAUGUUUCUGUAUAAAUAAAGUGCUUAC